UGGGAGUUGACAUUAUUUUGGUACCAGUGACGAGGGCAUAUUGCGUUCAGUAAUGUACAUUGAAAAAGUUGUUGUGAUACAUAAGUGAAAAAUAAUAAUUUUUUUUAAAUAAUGGAAGAUAGUUAUACAGUUCAUCGAAGAAGAAAAAGUGAGGCAGCAAAACGACGUGAUAAAGAAGCAUCUGAAGCUCAUAGAAAAUCUCUAGAGUUGGCUGUAGCUGUUGCUGUUGUUGAUGAAAAAAAAAAUACAAAUGAUUGUCAAACAACAACAACAGAUGAAAAUAAUGAUAAAAAAAUAUCUAUAAAAAAUAAAAAAAGCUCUGAUGAACGUAAACGUUCAAGUAGCAAGACGCGAAGUAAAGAUGUAAAUGUGUCAGAGGCGAAGCUUGAUAUGGUCAAAAAUAGAACAGAUGAGAAAAUUGAAUCAACUAAAUAUUCGGAAAAACAAUCAUCAAAUUUAAGCUUACUAAAUUUAGAUGAAUCAACAAAUAAACAUGAUGAUUCAACAGGUCAUUCAAUAAUCAAUAAACAAAUUAAAAAACGACACAAAUCAAAUAAACAUGAAAAAAAAAGUCUUGAUUUACCAAAAGAAUAUGAAAACAAUCAAGAAAAAAUAUUAACAUCAUCUGGUAAAAAAAUAAUACCAUUAGAUAAUAGUAAUUUAAUGAAAGAUUUUCAAAGAAUUCAAAAAAAAGAAUUUUUUGAAAGAAGAAUUUCUAAUAUUAUUAUUGAUGAUGAACAUGAUGAUGGCCUAAGUCCAGAUAUUUUUAAUAAACCAAAAAAUAAAAAUAAUUCUCGACGGAGUUUUCAAGAAGAUAACUCAGAAAUAGAAUUAAAUAUUAUUGGCAAUAAUGAAUCAAAUAUUUCGAAAAAUUCAAAAUCAAAAAUUUGGUCAUUAUUGGAUAUUUUUAAAUUUAAAAAAACACCUGUAAUUGAAGAAAAUAAUGUCAAAGCAAUUUCAGAAAUAUCAAAAACAUCAUCAAUAAAUACAAAUGAUGAAAAAAAUUUAAAUGAAAAAAGAAAAAUUGUUGUAAUUUAUAAAAAUAUAAAAAAAAUAAGACAAGAAUUUAAGUAUUUUAUUGAUGAAAAUCAAUAUGAAAUUGAUAAUAUUAGAAAAAUAAGAAAUUUAUGUAUUAUUGAAUUUAUUUUAUUCAUAAUUUAUUGUGGUUUGGGUGCAUUUGUAUUUCGUUUUACUGAAGGAGCAUUCGAAACAUUUUACAAAUGUGGUGUUAAGCGAGUAAAGCGUGAUUUUUUAGAUAAUCUUUGGAAUUACAGUCAUAAUAUGCGUGAAGAUGAAUGGAAAAGUAUGGCAAGAAGAAAAUUAAUGGAAUUUGAAGAACAGCUACAUACUGCUCAUGAAGCUGGUCUUCAUUCAUACAGUGGACAAAAAAGUUGGACAUUUCUAAAUGCUGUUGUUUAUUGUUUUUCUGUUAUUACUAAAAUUGGAUACGGUCACAUAUCACCAAGUACAACAACAGGAAGAGCAAUAACAAUAGUAUAUGCAAUUUUUGGUAUUCCAAUGUUUCUAAUAAUUCUUGCUGAUUUUGGUAAACUUUUUACACGUGGAAUGAAAUUUUUAUGGGCAUUUGUGAGACGAUUGUAUCUUACUGGAAGUUGUAGAAGAGUCAGAAGACGUGCACAAGUUCAAGAAGUAAUGAAAGGUGUUCAAUUGGUUUAUGAUUUUGCUACAUUUCGUCGACCAUCACAAAUGAAUCCAGAUGAACUUGAACAAGUUAGACAGCAACAAGCACAAACAAGCUUAACAGUUAAUACACCUCUUGAACCUGGAACUCCAGCAACUCCAACAAUGUCAGCAUUUGAAAUUGAUGAUGAAUUUAAUUUACCAAUAUCAGUUGCAAUUACAAUACUUAUUGUGUAUAUAUUUGUUGGAGCAGCUGCUUACAAUGCAUGGGAGAGAUGGGGAUUCUUUGAGAGCUUUUAUUUUGUUUUUAUUUCAAUGAGUACUAUUGGAUUUGGUGAUUAUGUUCCAAAGCACCCGAUAUACAUGAUGUGCUCGAUAGGAUAUCUAGUUUUUGGUUUGGCAUUGACCUCUAUGUGUAUCAAUGUCGUACAGGUAAUGCUGUCAGAUUCAUUCAAACAAGCCAGUCAAAAAAUUGGUGCAACAAUUGGAUUUGAAAUUGUUGAAGAAAAUGAUACAAUGAAAGUAAAUCCAACGUCUGAACUUGGUGAUGUUCACACGACGAUUACAGAGGAAGAUGAAAAUCAUGAAAACCCACAAGAAAUACCAAUUAAAAAAUCAGAAAGUAAUGUUUCAUUAAAUCAAGAAAAAUGAUGAAAAUAAUUUAAAAAGAAUAAAUAUAUUAUGUUUUAUUUUACAUAAAAAAUUAUCAAAUAAAUAUUUGGAUAAAAAUUUAACCUUGCAGUGACGUUAAAAUACUUGAUUGUUUUUGUUAUCAUUUUUUUUGUUCCGGCUUUGUACACGUGCGUACAGUAUACUGAAAAAAAAAAAAAAAAUUAUUUUUACUGUCGUUAAUAUUUUAUUUAUAAAAUUGAUAAAAAAAUAUUAUAUAUGUAUUUAAUAUUUAUCAAGAAAUAUAUAAUAUUUUAAAACAAAA